AUAACACUAAUAAUUAACACACACAAAGCACCCACAGAGACACUGUUUCUCUUUUUUCCUCUCUAUUGUGGAAGCCCUCAUCCAAGCUCGUUGCCUUCUCUCUGCAAAUUGAGAGAUUUUUGUAUUUGAAGCUUGUGCUUUUCCACUUGAAUAUAACAAUUGGAGAGUGAUUUCUGCUUGUAAUUAUGUCAGAGGUCAUGGUCUCAGCAGAUCCCUGUCCAACUGAGGAUGCUCUUAGUACAUUGUUGGAAUACUUUAUUGAUCCAAAACUACCUUCGAAGUCUUCAGCAAGGGACACUCCAUCACAAUUGGAUCAGGAAUUAGUUGCAAAACAGAUCCAUGCAGUUGUGUUGCUGUACAACUAUUACUACAGGAAGCAGCAUAUGCAUCUAGAAUUUUUAGGCUUUGAGAACUUCUGCAAGUUGGCUGUAAUUUUAAGACCCACCUUAUUGGUUCAUAUGAAGUUGAUGCAACUAUCUGAUGACGCUGAGCUGGAUGACAUGGAAAAACAGCUUUCACUAACAGAGAAAAAGAUUAUGGAUGCAUGUGAUAUAGCUACAAGUUUAGAUGCUUCCAAAAUUUCUCCAAGUAUAGAGGGAUGGCCAAUUUCCAAAGUUGCAGUUUUUCUAAUAGAUUUGAGAAAGGAGAAUUGCUUGCUGCAAUUUGGUUCCAUCACUGAAGGGGUUUGGUCAAUUAUUGAGCAAGACUUGGAACUUUCUAAUGACAAUUCAAAGGGUAGCAUAGUUUCAAAUGAAGUGGACAAAAAGAGAAGAUUUAUUAGAAAACCAUUGAGAAAUGAGUUGGGUGCUAAUGAUGCAGGUCAUAAGCAACGUGCAUUUUCAGCUAUCAAGGUAGCAACAGGUAUUAAUGAGAGAGAUCUUGUGGUUUUGGAGAAACAUGUUGUAUAUUCUACAAGUAAAGAAAAGGCAGCUGCCUGCUUUUAUAUAAUGCAGUGCACUCAACCAAACAAUCAUAUUACCCAAAUUCCCAUUAAAGAUGCUAUUAGCAGCUUGCAGGGCCCUUUGUUUGUAAGGAGUUCUGGCCAAUGGAUCCACACCUCUGUUGUCGAGUAUUUCCAUUUACUUCCGUAUGCUGAGAUUCUGUCUGACUGGAUUUCCAGGGAAGGGCUACCUGACAAUUCACAACUUCGAGGAGUAAGAUCCAAAACCAUAAAUACAAACAGUUCCCAAAUGGGUGAAAAACCUUGUGAGCCAGAAUUUCCUGAAAUUGAGCAUCUAGGCAGCAAGACGGUUGCUGGAUCAACAAAGCAGAAUGAGGAUGAUGGAUCUGAUGUGAUUGAGUUGUUUGACAAUUUUGAUGGACUCCACAGUGUGGAAGUGGAUAACUCUUUUGAGAUUCACACCCAACCCAAAGAGAAAGGCUCAGAUGUUGCUAGUAAAGUUCCACCUGUUAAUUACCAGAAAAUGACCACCUCCGCAGAUGGGUGUUCACAUGGUUUGACUGAUAGGGCUACGGUUGACUCUUUGAAGAGGCAGAGAAUUACUGAACGCAGAGGUGGAACUGUUGUGGAUGGAAACAAGCAAUGCAAAGAUAUCUCUUUAGUUCAAGAUGGGAUGCCAACAAAUGCUGGUGAUAUUGACAAAAUGCACACCAUCAUAGCUUCAAGGGAUCAGGAACUGUCACAAGCUGCUUUAAGAGUUAUUUUAAGUAAGAGAGCUAAAUUGUGUUUUCAGCUGCGUGACAUACAAGAUCAGAUUGCACAGUGUGAUAAAAGUAUGCAGACAAUUUUGAAUGGCGAUGAAGGUGAUUUGGCUGUGAAGUUAGAAUCCCUUAUAGAAUGCUGUAACGAUGUAUCCUUGAGAAGUCUUGGCCAAGAAUCUACUUAUCAACAUGGCAAGGACAAAUCCCCACCUAAAUUUAUCGACAGAAAGAGUUUGCCUGCCGAUAUAUCCAAUACGCCAAAUCCUUCUCAGGAAUUGGAUGAUUUAUGUUACCAAAACAAUUGGAUAUUACCAACUUACCGUGUGACUGCAAUAGAUGGUGGAUUCCAGGCCAAUGUAAUUUUGAAAGGGAUAGAUUUUGAGCAUUCAAGUGAUGGCGAGUUGCAUCCCCAUCCACAUGAAGCAAGAGAUUCAGCUGCUGCACUGAUGUUGGUCAAAUUGCGUAAUGAACCAAACAUAGUCCGGCAGUAAAAUUGACUUUAGUCGAAUUUCCUUGAACCUAACAUGGAAUCCCGACAGCUGGAUUGCAAUUGAAGAUUAGUAUCAGUUUUAGAGUUAACAAAGAUUUUAGCAUAUUUUGAUGUUUCUCCCAACCCCCUUCAGAGGAAAAAUAGAAAUUGGGGGAAAGGAAAAUAGAUAGGAAUGCUACACAUGUAUAUAACUAGUCCUUUGACCUGCUCGUUAUAACAGACUUAAAUUUCUUUCUUUAUGGAAAUGCCAAAGACUUUGAGAGGA